UCCACGGGUAAUGGGCGUCCUGCUCCUGCCACGGGCACCGAGAUCCCAGCCCUCUGGUCCUCCGAGAGCCUGACCAGGCCAGGUUCCUGUCUCCCUCCACCCACUGCCUGUCAGCCCCCAGGCCAGCUGCCGCCCCAGCCAUGACCUCCCAGAAGAAAUACCACCUGAGGACCAGCAGCUCGGAGCCCCUCCCAGUCAUCAUCAUCGGCAAUGGUCCCUCGGGCAUCUGCUUGUCCUAUCUACUGUCGGGUCACACUCCCUAUGUGAGGCCAGAUGCUGUCCACCCACACCCGCUGCUGCAAAGGAAGCUUGCCGAGGCCCCAGCCGUCUCCAUCCUGGACCAGGACCUGGAUUACCUGUCCGAAGGCCUUGAAGGCCGGUGCCAGAGCCCUGUGGCCCUGCUCUUCGACGCCCUCCUGCGCCCAGACACAGACUUUGGGGGCAACCUGGAUUCCGUCCUCACCUGGAGGCUCCAGAAGGAGCGAGCCAUCCCCCAUGUGGUCCUGGGCCGGAACCUCCCCGGGGGAGCCUGGCAUUCCAUUGAAGGCUCCAUGGUGACCCUGAGCCAAGGCCAGUGGAUGGGGCUGCCGGACCUGCAGGUCAAGGACUGGAUGAGGAAGAAAUGCAGAGGUCUUCGUAACAGCCGGGCCACAGCUGGGGACAUCGCCCACUACUACAGGGACUACGUGAUCAAGAAGGGUCUAAGCCACAACUUUGUGUGUGGCGCUGUGGUCACAGCCGUGGAGUGGGGGGCACACAAGCAUAGUGGUCCCCUCUUCCAGGUGAGCGGUUUCCUGACCGCAAAGGACCAGAGCCAACAGCCCUUCACGCUGUGGGCACGCAACGUGGUCCUGGCCACAGGCACCUUCGACAGCCCAGCUCGGCUGGGCAUCCCUGGGGAAGGCCUGCCUUUCGUCCACCACGGUCUGUCGGCCCUGGAGGCAGCUGUGCGGGAGGGCACGGUGACCUCUGCCUCCGACCCUGUCCUCAUCAUCGGUGCGGGACUGUCAGCGGCCGACGCGGUCCUCUACACCCGCCACUACAACAUCCCUGUGAUCCACGCCUUCCGCCGGCCUGUGGACGACCCCGGCCUGGUGUUCAACCAACUGCCCAAGGUGCUGUACCCUGAGUACCACAAGGUACUCCAGAUGAUGCGGGAGCAGUCCAUCCUGUCGCCCAGCCCCUACGAGGGCUACCGCAGCCUUCCGGAGCACCAACCGUUGCUCUUCAAGGAAGACCACCAGGCUGUGUUCCGAGACCCAAGGGGCAACGAGCAGGUGUUCGGCACCUCCCUAGUGCUGGUCCUCAUCGGCUCGCACCCUGACCUCUCCUUCCUCCCGGGGGCAGGCGCCGACCUGGCCAUGGACCCCGAGCAGCCACUGAGCGCCAAGAGGAACCCCAUCGAUGUGGACCCCUUUACCUACCAGACCACCCGCCAGGAGGGCUUGUACGCUGUGGGGCCACUGGCCGGGGACAACUUUGUGCGGUUCGUGCAGGGUGGGGCCCUGGCUGUGGCUGGCUCCCUGAUGAGGAAAGCCACCAGGAAGCCACCCUAGUGUCAGCCUGACGUUUUGACACCCAGACCCCAGAGAGGAGGGAGAGCAUCAAAGCCCUGCUGGACACAGGGCCCAUGGAGGCCACCCCUGCAAGGGAAAAGCCUCUGCUGGCAAGAGACUGGGUGAUGUGAGCCCCCACUAUAGGGCAGUGGAGAGGUGUGGGGAGCGCAGGUCACACCACGUUCAGCCAAACAAGGCCGGAGGUCGGAGCAGCAGCCGCAGGCCAGGGUGGGCCUGGGGCCUGGAGCGGGGGAAGCUGCCAGUGUGAGCUGGGAUCACAGGGGCCAGCUGAGCGCCCCACCAGGAGGCCCUGAGGUACCAAAUAAAACCAGUG